ACGGCUAAGAACAUACUGUAACUAGCCAAGGUGCAGCUUUAUUAGCCGCUCCCAUACUUCUACCCCGCCCUCCAGAAAGCACUCGCACACAUGCACGCACGCACGUCCGCGCAAAUGCACACACAUCCAUGUACAAACACGCACACCCUUUCAGCCCAUCACGUGAAUGCGGAAGACCCAGGAAACGCGGUUUAUUUCUCCCCUCUGGAAAGUGAGGAGCACUCAAGCUAACUCGGUAUUGAUAGGGUUCCACGUCUCCUUUUAAAAGAUACUAGACUCCGCCCUCUCCAGGGCCAUUCCAGGAAAAAUAAAAGGUUGAGGGUAGUGGUUUAAAGGCCUGUUAUAGUCAACAAGUCACUAGCCCCCCUCAAGAAGGGGCGUAUUUGUGAACCUAAGAAUAAAACAAAUCGCUGCAGAAACACGCAAAAGAUUUCGAAAAGACCUUCAAUUGCGAGACUCUCGCCGUCGAGAUGGGCGUUUUCGCUGAAGCAGUCGCUCUUAAGUUGCGUCGAUGAAUGCCCUUCAGCCGCGGUGUUAACUGGGGGUCCUCUAGGACCUGAAAAGCGGCAGAUAGUUCUCCCAGUUUGGGUUCCCCACAAAAGCGUGGUCACAACGAAAACUCAUCAUAGAUACGAUAACGGCCCCAAAACUUUUUUUCAGUACCCUCACUCCCCGCCUACACACGGCGCCCUAGUCUAGUGCUUCGAGGGAGUUGAGUGACCUACUCGUCUAGAAUGCCAGCUCUGCAAAAUUCCAGGAGCUAAACACCAACCAAUCAAUCUGCCAGGAGAGAUUAGAAACAAGAAAACUGAGCAAAACCUACAACACGCCCCCGUUUCUCCCGAGCUUUAAAGGGGGGGCGGAACCGGCCCUCCGCGUGGUAUGCUGGGAUACGUAGUUCCUUCAACUCUUGACGGCGCGGGGUCAGGACCGAGCUCGUGCUGACUCCCCAAAAGAGUACUACAAUUCCCCUUGUGCCUUGCGGCAGAGUGGAAGGGGCGGGACGAGAGAAGGCGCGUCGCGCUUGCGCGUGUUGACGGGCUGGAGGGAGGCGGAGACGCGGUGGUCCAACUGCAGAAGCUUCUCCAUGUGACAGAGAGCUGCGUUCCAGCUCCGGGAGCCGCCGGACUCUGAAUACUGACCUCAAGCACUGUCCACUGUCCCGGAGCCAACAGACACCAGCUCGCGGGGAACGCUAGGUGUUCGGCCGUACCGCCGUAGAACUUGGGGUGUAGAGUGACCUGCUGACUCUAGGGCAAGUGCUUGAGGGACCCCGCAGAGACCCGGUAAUCUCCAGAGAGAGAGAGAGAUUUCUGUCCGCGCCGGCGCCCCCAAUCUUGGAAUCAUGAACGGCUUCACGCCAGAGGAGAUGAGCCGCGGCGGAGAUGCGGCCGCUGCAGUGGCCGCCGUGGUUGCCGCCGCCGCUGCCGCCGCAGCCGCUUCGGCGGGGAACGGGGCCGGGGCGGGAGCAGGAACUGAGAUGCCCGGCGCCGGGGCAGUCUCGGCGGCUGGACCCCCAGGAGCAGCUGGACCGGGCCCCGGGCAACUAUGCUGUCUGCGGGAGGACGGUGAGCGGUGCGGCCGGGCGGCAGGCAACGCCAGCUUCAGCAAGAGGAUCCAGAAGAGCAUCUCCCAGAAGAAGGUGAAGAUCGAGCUGGAUAAGAGCGUAAGGCAUCUCUACAUUUGUGAUUAUCAUAAAAACUUAAUUCAGAGUGUUCGGAACAGAAGAAAGAGAAAAGGGAGUGAUGAUGAUGGAGGAGAUUCACCAGUUCAAGAUAUUGAUACUCCUGAGGUUGAUUUAUACCAAUUACAAGUAAAUACGCUUAGGAGAUACAAAAGACACUUCAAACUACCAACCAGACCAGGACUUAAUAAAGCACAACUUGUUGAGAUAGUUGGUUGCCACUUUAGGUCUAUUCCAGUGAAUGAAAAAGACACCUUAACGUAUUUCAUCUACUCAGUGAAGAAUGACAAGAACAAAUCAGAUCUCAAGGUUGAUAGUAGUGUUCACUAGGAGAGAUGGAAUUGAGACUAAGACUUGGAUGUUCAGAUGUUAAGACUGUUUACUGUUUUCCAUGUGUAGAAGUAAAUGUUCCUGUGUAUUUUUUCUACAGAGGAUUUUCUCUGGUUUUAUUUUCUUUGUUUCUGAUUCUAAUAAUUAGUUGGAAACUCAUGUAAAAUGAGCUUUCCUAGAUUAACAAGUAUUUUAAAUAAAGAUUAUUACUAUUA